GUUGCUCCAUUCGCCCUGCGGCUGGAGUUGCGGCUAUACCCUCCAGGAGCGCCGCAUCUACAACCCAGCAGACGAAGUUUACCUCAGGCUCUCGCGGAUAUUUCCCGUCGACUUUGUUUUCCUAUCUGUGGUCGUGUUGUACAUCUUCGCAGCCACCCUUUUCGGAAUCGUCGCUCUGGACAUCCGGCUUCUGUGCAUCAGCGUCUACACUCUGCGAGCGCGGAAAUCCGCUCCGCAAGCGUUGCUUGUGAUGUGCAAUGCCAUGGCUUACAUCCUCCUGGCAUUGUGUGUCGCGCUCCUGACGAUCGCGCCCGACUACACAGCUUUCGGCUCCCAGACGCGGCCAUCAGGUGGCGCCAGUGGCUCAGAGAGGUGUUCUCUGGCUCAGAGCGAGCAGAAGUGCCAGGUGUCCGUGAUUGCGAAGUUCUUCACGCGCAUCGCUUUGGCCAUGCCCAUCUUUUCCAUCGCCUACUUCCUUGCGAAUUGGGCAUUCAUCGCCGUGUUUAUGCUGGUAUUUACCAGAGGUUUGUUCUUCCAGCGGCGGCAACCCUUCCUGGACACUGCGACGGACUGUGAUGAGGAGGAGCUGGGCUUACUGGCUUUUUCCUGA